CCGUCUCGGCCCCUCCCUGUGGCUAAUUGGGUAGAAUCCCGCUAGCAGCGUCACGGCCUCGCUUUCCUGCUGUUCCAAAGGGAGGGUAGGACUGGACGUGUUGCGGGCGACGUGACGUUGGUUUGGAAGGGCCGGAGAGGCGCAGAGAGUCUGGUGGUAGUACAGCCCGGAGGGGAACAGUAGGAGCCCGGAUGUACCGGAGAAUCUCGGCCCCCAAAGAAAGAUGGCGGAGAACCAGCUAACGGCCCCGGAGGAACGGGCUAUUGAAGAAUUUCUGGCUGAGUUGAAGAACCGGGAACAACCACAAUUGGUUUCAGUGCCUCCUGACACUGCUCUAAAGUUCUUAAUGGCUCGGAAGUUUGAUGUUUCUAGAGCAAUUGAUUUAUUUCAAGCCUACAGAAACACAAGACUGAAAGAAGGAAUCUAUAAUAUCAAUCCCGACGAAGAACUAUUGAGAACCGAAUUGCUAAGUGGUAAAUUCACGGUUUUGCCUGGAAGAGAUGCAAAUGGGGCCGCUGUAGCUUUAUUCACUGCUAGACUCCAUCGACCGGAUGUUACCACACAUAAGGCAGUUCUGCAGGCUAUUAUCUAUCAGCUAGAUAAAGCCAUUGAGAGAGUUGAAACUCAGCGGAAUGGACUUAUAUUCAUCUAUGAUAUGAUCAAUUCCACUUACGGAAACUUUGAUUAUGAGCUUUGUGUUAAAAUACUGAACCUUUUGAAGGGUGCAUUUCCUGCACGUCUUAAGUGUGUUUUUAUUGUUUCUUCACCACUUUGGUUCCGAGCUCCAUUUGCUGUAUUGAGAUUGUUUGUCAGAGAAAAGUUGCGGGAACGGGUGCGAACAGUAAAAGCCCAUGAGCUGGUAAACCACAUACCAAAAGAAUCCUUACCUGAGCAUUUGGGCGGCACCUCAAAAUAUAGCCAUGUGGCUUGGAUUCAAUCGUGUGUCAAUUCCAGGCAAACUCAAGAAAAUGGAGAUUGCAUGGACCAUCUGUUCAUGAUCUAUGCGUCGGAUCAGAAUCCUAAAUCACGACCACUGCCCCCGGGCAUGGAGCUGUCUUUACAUAUGCCAGAAGAUGGAGGAAUGAUGGUGCUUGGUUUGGUUCAGCAUGUCAAAAGGAUGAAAAAGAGGGGCAUAUUUCAAGAAUAUGAAGAAAUACGAAAAGACCCACCUGUUGGCUCAUUUGAUAUUUCAAAGAAGUCCCACAAUCAAGUAAAAAAUAGGUACAGUGAUGUUCUCUGUUUAGACCAGUCAAGAGUUAAGCUGGGACUUGUUGGUACAGAUGAGACAACUGACUACAUCAAUGCCAGUUUCAUGGAUGGCUAUAAAAGAAAGAAUGCUUACAUUGCAACACAAGGUCCUUUGCCAAAAACAUUUGAUGAUUUCUGGCGAAUGGUGUGGGAACAGAAGGUUUUAAUCAUUGUAAUGACAACAAGGGUAAUAGAAAGGGGACGGAUAAAAUGUGGCCAGUAUUGGCCCUUGGAAGCAGGAAGAAGUGAAGAUACUGGGCACUUUAUAAUUCGGAACAUCCACAUAGAUCUCUUCCAAGACUUCAAGCUUACACAUUUCGAAGUGUACAAUAAACAGACAGAUGAAAGUCGAAGUGUUGCUCAUUACCAGUACAUGAGUUGGCCUGACUUUGGUGUGCCUAAAUCUGCCUCUGCCAUGCUAGAUUUUAGAUCCCAGGUGAAGCAGCACCAGGCAGUGGCUGUACAAAACCUAGGGAUGGAAUGGACAGGACACCCUGCAGGGCCACCAAUAGUCGUUCAUUGCAGUGCAGGAAUUGGCAGAACAGGUACCUUUUGCACUCUGGAUAUAUGUCUAUCCAGACUAGAAGACAUUGGGACAGUAGAUGUGCUGCAGACUGUAAAGAGAAUGAGAACUCAACGUGCUUUCAGCAUACAAACAUGGGAUCAAUAUUAUUUUUGUUACAUGGCGAUCAUUGAAUACGCACAGAGAAAAGGCAUUAUUGCUCCUGUGGAAUGGUCAGACACCGACUAUGAGACCGAUAGUGAGUGAGAAUUCCUUCCUGUGAUACUUAGAAUUGUAUGUGGUGUGUCGGCGGCCAUCAGCUGGUCUAUUCUAUAUUCAUUGGUGCUGGAAGGAUCUGCCAAACAUAAGGGGUUUGAGCUACUGAAACACUGGAAAGUGUCAUAAUUUAUUGUAGCAUGAAUGCCAUGGAAUAACUUGCACACCGUUUUCUAGACUUGAAGUUCAGUGAAAUGUUUCUUUGCUGUUGUCUGCAGAAUGAAUUCUGUACAGUGUGUCACAGACCCCUUUGUAAAGUGUUUAGUAUCUUGUAGAUUUGUUUAGUCCUUUUUAUCAAUUUUAUGUAAAUUGUAUUGUGUUCUUUAAAGAAUGCUUGUAAGCCUGACAUUCAAUGAACCAAUGCUACCAAGUAGAAGCCCAUUUACCUGGUCACUUUGGCAUUAUUAUUGUAUAUUUUUCUGUACAGGAAAUUGUCUAUUUAAAAAAAAAAAAAAAAAGUAAAAAAAUAAGCAUUAAAGGUUGUAAGAAGGAAAAUUGUUGCCAUUUUAGUCAUGAAUUACUGGCUAAAAAUGGUUAUGCAAAUUUUAUUUACCCAAGCCCUUAUUGGGUGGGUGGGGGUAUUAACAAAGGCCUUAAGCUAUAUUUUGGGCAGUUUUGUUUCUGUUCUAAUGUAAAGCUGAAAGGUGUGUAUGUACGAAAGUCAUUUUCAAUUAAUCCUGAUAUUAUAUACAGUGUAGGGUUUGCAUAAAAUUAAACAUUGCCUGCAUUGAUGUGCCUUUUUAUGUGUAGCACAACCCAUAAAUUAUCCAGAUUUAAAAAAAAAAAAAAAAACUAUAUAUGCCUGUAUUUAUAUUCUCAGGGGCUUUCAUUCUUUCCUUUUUGGCGAGGAGUAGAGUUACAGUUUUCCUUUUCACCGAAUUUUGUACAGAAUCUUUAACCAGCUAUUUUUCUUUUUGUUUGUUCUUUAUUGCCUGAUUUAUUUAAAUGUUUUCUUCAUAACAGUGUUACAGUUUUUGGUUGGUACGUCUGUAUGACAGUAGCAAUGUAAAGAUGAAUCUUUCUACUGUAUUUAGAACUCUACUUUAUUUAGUAUCAAUGGUUAUUCAUACUUUGGGUCUGCAUAUAUUUUCUUUGCCAUAUAUUCCUAUAGGACCUGGUGGUACGAUGUUGGCUAACCAAUAGAAAGUUUGUAGGCUGAACUUAAAAUAUAUAUAUAUAAGAAAUAUUUCUUUAGCCUUAAUUGCUUGUUCUCAAAAAAAAAUUGUGAACUAAUAUAACGUUAUUGCCUUAAAUCAACUGAAGUUCUCCUACUUAUAAUUACCUCCUUAA